GGGUGGGUGGGGGGGCCGAGUGGAGCUGAUGAGCGCCACAACAACAACCACCACAACAACCACCACAACAACAACAACAACAAAACUCCGACCGGCUACAACAAACAACAACAACAACUCGCACUAUCCACUCGUCACUCUACCGCGGCGCGUGGUCUUCUGCUGCGGGCAGCCCGUGUGAUGAGCAGCACGAGGUUGUGGUGGUUGGAGAGACGCCUACAUUCUGCAAAAUAUUUGUGAACUCGAAAGAGUGGCGCGUGGAAAAGAGAGCUCGCCAGAGGAACUGUGAAAAAAAUCUUCAUAGCAUCGGAUUCCUCAAAGACAAAUAAAGAUUCUGAAAGAUUCUGACAUUUAGGCAGCGGUGGUGGGACAUGGGGUCAUUUCGACAUCAUUAGGCCAAAUGUAAAUGGUGACUCCUGAGAAGACGGAGUGGAUGGAGAGAUUGGGUUUCUCUGUGACGCCUUCCUCCUGAACACUCUUCGGAAGGUCAUGGGGUUAGAGACGUCAUACUGCAACGCAAUACUUUUCUAAUAAGUCAUGUUAGAAUUUCAUUCUAGCCGAUAGAGACGCCAAAUCCUGAUCUUGUCUCCGACGGUCUGUAGCCAUCGGAAGACUAGAAUUUGCGUUUGAAGAUUUAAAACAUAUUUUUAAUGAUAUACAUUUUAAAUGUAACCUUCACUAACCUGCUUCCGUACCUCCCUUAAACCCAUUUCUUCUCCCUAGCCGAUCCUACUGCUACUUGCUGCCCCCGCCCCCAAGCUACGACCAGGCCUACCCCUACUACUACCCCUACCCUGACCCCGACCCCUAUCACUACCCAAACCCCUCCUUAACUACUCCCCACCUCUUCUGUCAACAUAACCACACCACCACUUUUAAUAACCCCAAUCUUCAACCACUAUCAUCUUAUGUACAUUUUAAUAAUUGUUGCAAAGCACCUUGGAAUAAGGCACUGUAUACAUCUAUAUGAGAUAAGAAGUAUACAUUCAGCUUUUACAUCUCUCAGGUACUGCAGGCGUUUAACGGAAGAUUAUUAGUCUGAGAAAGAGAACUCCUAAAAUGUCGCUGGGAACACCAACGAGCAACGAUGCUUGCCUCAGCAUUGUGCACAGCCUCAUGUGCCACCGGCAAGGCGGGGAGAGCGAGUCCUUCUCGAAGAGGGCCAUCGAAAGCCUCGUCAAGAAGCUGAAGGAAAAGAAGGACGAGUUGGACUCCCUCAUCACGGCCAUCACCACAAACGGCGCUCACCCCAGCAAGUGCGUCACCAUUCAGCGGACGCUUGACGGCCGGCUGCAGGUUGCCGGUCGAAAAGGCUUCCCACACGUGAUCUAUGCUCGCAUCUGGAGGUGGCCUGAUUUGCACAAGAAUGAGCUGAAGCAUCUCAAGUUCUGCCAGUACGCCUUUGACCUGAAGGCCGACAGCGUCUGCGUUAACCCGUACCACUACGAGCGGGUCGUGUCUCCCGGCCUAGGUACUGGCUUAGACCUUGGACAACUAACACUUCAUGGAUCUCCACCGGGUGGGCGGCUGGUUAAGGAAGAGUUCAUGCCGGAGUGUGUUCCCGUGGAGGGUCCCGGCCCCUCGCUGCACGUCCCCGACGGUCACUCGUCCAUACAGAUUAUCCAGCACCAGCCGGGGGGGGGCACCCUGCCCGCGGGACCAGCCUCUGGGCCCCCCUCCUCUCAGCAACCCCCGGCAACCCCCUCCUCCUCGAGCGGGGAGCCGUCAACCUCCACAUCUACCUCGGGAUUCCCCGCUCUGCCUGCAGGCCAAAGUGGCUCAUUACUGCCCUUGGUUCAGGGAGACAGGAUCCUACCCAUAUCGAGCAGCCAGCAACAAGCCAACCAACCCAACGGAUUUGCAGCUCAAACGCAGCCUUUCCACAAGGAGGAGGUAACCAACGUAAGCCCCAAAGCAGGAACUACACCGCCACCUGCCAGUAGCGUCACAAACUGGACGGGCAGCAGCACAGCCACCUACACCCCGUCGAUGGUCCACCACCAGAACGGGCCCUUGCAGCACCACCCUCCCCUGCACCACCCCAACCACUACUGGCCGUCUCAUCACAACGAGCUCACCUUCCAGCCGCCAAUCUCUGCACACCCGGCGGGGCCAGAGUUCUGGUGUUCCAUCGCCUACUUUGAAAUGGACGUGCAAGUGGGGGAGACCUUCAAGGUGCCCUCCAGCUGCCCCGUGGUGACGGUGGACGGCUACGUGGACCCGUCGGGAGGAGACCGCUUCUGCCUGGGCCAGCUGUCCAACGUCCACCGUACCGAUGCCAGCGAGAGAGCGAGGUUGCACAUCGGCAAGGGCGUUCAGCUGGAGUGCCGCGGCGAGGGCGACGUGUGGGUGCGCUGCCUCAGCGAUCACGCCGUCUUCGUGCAGAGCUACUACCUGGACCGCGAGGCAGGCCGCGCGCCGGGAGACGCGGUGCACAAGAUUUACCCCGGCGCCUACAUCAAGGUGUUCGACCUUCGCCAGUGCCACCGGCAGAUGCAGCAGCAGGCGGCCACGGCGCAGGCGGCUGCAGCGGCGCAGGCUGCGGCGGUGGCCGGAAACAUCCCCGGGCCGGGCUCCGUUGGGGGCAUCGCUCCUGCCAUCAGCCUGUCGGCGGCAGCGGGCAUCGGGGUGGACGACCUUCGCCGGCUCUGCAUCCUGCGCCUCAGCUUCGUCAAGGGCUGGGGUCCCGACUACCCGCGGCAGAGCAUCAAGCAGACUCCGUGCUGGAUCGAGAUCCACCUGCACCGCGCCCUGCAGCUGCUGGACCAGGUGCUGCACACCAUGCCCAUGGCCGACCCGACCCCGCUCGACUAAGAGCUCGCGGGCGACGCCGGCACGGCACGCGGCACGGCACGCGGCAGCGUGGGCGACUCCUCGCGUACCGCCCGAGCCAACGAGCCGCGUCCCAACGAGCCGCGUCAUCGUCCAAUGUGGCGCCGCGGUGGCGGGCGCCCCGAAGGAUUCAUCACUCGCCUGUCUUCUGCGGAGAAGGGAACGUUUUGGUUUCUUUCGCAGACGAGGAGUACGUGAAAGAUGACGCUACGAAUGAUUGUGGUGCAACGCAGCGCACACUAAACCGUGUAUGAACCCGUCGACUUAAACACGAGGUGUCACUUUUCUUAACCACACACUCCCCCCACCCUUCUGUAUUUGACUUUAUUAACCACACUCGAUGAGGGAGACCCUACGCGCCGCGGGUAAGGGAGCAUUAUUGAUGACGAAAGUGAUUGUUCACAGAAGGACAGGGUUAUCGUGUUGAGUGCCAGAGGGGGGAGUGGGUGUGGGGAGUGGUGCAGAAGCAGUGCAGCAGGAUGUAGGGAGACAGCCACAGGGCUCUGUGCUGCCUUCCACGGGCACCCUCGGUUGAAACAUCGCCCAGCACUCGUGCUGGGUGGUGCAUGUGCUGUGUGGUGUGGUUUCACAAGAGUCUUGCUGUGUAUACAAACGCUGCAACACAUCAUAUAGAGCAGAAUAAUCAUUUGCCAUUGUCGUUGAGAAUAUAAAGAACAAAGUAAAUAAGCAGACGAUACGUCAUAUAUUUCUCCCUCCGUGUAAAAUAUAUUUUUUUACAUAUCCCAUCACAAGCAAACUGGACAGCUUCAACAUUCACCGUCUCAUCAGCAGCCCAGUCAGGCUUAUGUAUGUUGAGCUUCAUUUGCACCAUACGUAGCCCACCGUGCUGAUCGGAGGUGCUGCUGAAUUGCCAUUUGUGCGCAAAAAUCCUCUGUUAGAGAUAUGUCUUAAAUACAAGAAAAUUGUUGAGUUUUUAUUUAAAUAAGAAAUUACACAAUAAUCAUGAGCAGCGUGGAGAAUAUAAGAAAGGACAGAAAUGUGAAGGAGGCACAUUGCUUGUUUCGUUGCUCGUAUUUUCGACAGCGAUGCAAAUUAUUAUUUGGUGUUAAUGAUGAAUCACACUGGGAUUGCUGCUGUAUUACACUUAACACAACACAUUCUACACAACACUGCGCAAUGCUGAACCACGGACUCCACUAUAUCACACUUGAAUCCAAUUAAAGCGCACCGCUCGGUAACUGCUCCCCGUCGUCAUUCACAGAGGCGCGACGUUCAGCUCCGUUUUCAUCUCCGUUCCAUUCACCCCGUUCAGCUUCUGCACCCGGGGAAGCAGAGCUGUUUGAAAAUGUUCUCCUUGCAUCUUCACGCAUCCGACGCGUCGUGCGAGGUCGCAGCCCGUCGUAGCGUUCCGCAGUGGCUCUCAACAGCUGCUGCACGGCCCAGUGGGCCCUCUGCUCCGGCCCCGCUCUCUGUGGCCUCGUGAGGCAGCGAACGGCCUUGCCGUGCGGCGAAGAGCAACAGAUGUGUUUAUUGCAGCGUCCGGAUUUCCAGCUCGUUAUAUAUUUUGACACUUUGCGCCUUUUUUUUUUAUAUUGGAAUACAUUUAGUUUCUUUGCCAUCCUGACACGUCAGCUACGAAUGUCUUUUCAUGGUACAAGGUAUUAUUGCAGAUGUCGCGAUGCUAUGGAAGGCAGUGCCCGUUAGCAAUGUGAAUUCUAACCAACGCAACGAAGCUGUUAAAGAGGUUUUUUUUCACACAUCCAGCAUCUCCAGGAAGUGUGGCGGAUAUGGGAGUCGCACCGAAGUGUCUUCUACUUGUGGCGAGCGGAAACAAUCGGGGCCCUUGGCACUCGCUUGAUUUGGACCACUGCGGUGGCUGCAUCACUAAAUUUACCAUUCCAGGCGAUUUAUAAUAAAUAUCCAUCCAAUUAUGCGCGAAGAUAUACGUUGGUCUAACGUCACGUGUGUUGAUCGUGGGGAAUGUAAAAGGCACUGCACAUCCUCGUGCAAUGCGAGUGUUUUAUAUGUUCACCGAAAAGGUCUUCGACGACACCGAGGUUGCACGCGUCCCAGAAUUGUGCAGCGAGUGCCGUAUGUCCACGUGCGGUAUUAAUAUAUCUCCCGUUCGUGAACUGUACAGCAACACACUACAUGUCACGGUUGGGCACGAAACUGUGCUGGAGCAUAAGGUCGCUCCUUUUUAGCGCAGAUUGAGCCACGGGUGUUUGGCUUGGGAAUGAGUGCAUUGCCGGGCAUUUGCCUUCACACGAGGUGCCUCUGUGCCAGAGGUCGCAAACGGGUUUUGAGUCCUUACCCGUACCUGGCCGCACCAGGGUCGCAAAUGGGUACCCGGCCGGGUACGGAUAGCCGGGUACGGGUAGGGUACCCGUACCCGGCUACCCGUACCCUACCCGAAAUGAGUGACAAACGGUUACUCACCAGUGACUCACGGCUUACCCGUACCCGGCCGCACCAGGGUCGCAAAUGGGUACCUGUAUCCGGCCGGGUACGGGUAUCGGGUAGGGUACGGGUAUCAGGUACCCGAUUGCGACCUCUGCUCUGUGCUUGCAUUUAUGGCACCGGGCAUACAGCUCUCACCCUGUCACCGGCAUCUUGUCGAUGUUAAAUAGUUGUCAUCUGCCAUAGACACCCUCCGAAAGGAUCCCACAGUGACGAAUCUGUCUCUGGCAGCAUUAAUAUUGGUGUGUACAUUGAGAACAUAAAUGAGAUGUUUUAUGAGCAGUUUAAAAUGGGCCGAUUCUUCCCAUUCGUGACUGGGAACAGCCCCAGAAUGCAUCUACAGGCCAGAAUGCACCCAUACAACCCAUACCUGUGCCCCUGCCGCUCCCACUCUGCACCCCUUUGUGGUCCACCUCGGGGAUGGCAUCCCUCUACUGGGUAGCUCGGGGUGAGAACUCAAGAAGCCAGGAUAAGUGAUGUGCAAGAGUGACCUGGGUAGAAAUGUAGCUGUGGCCAGGGGGUGGGUGGUAGUAGAAGGUAAAAUCUAUUGGUUUUAUAUUUCGUUUAAGCAAACUUCAAAUGUAUAUACGUAUGUUGAACUUAUAUUGUAUCGUACGUAGCUCACCGCGCUAAUCAGAGGCGCGGGGGAAGGACAACAAAAUGAAAACACAAAAAGCAGCUCUAAAGACAAUGUAAUGGUCGGUUAGGUUUGCAUAAAUUGUAUAAAAAGCCUUCAUUUUAUAUUUCUUUGUCUUGUCGUUUGUAAACUUAACACAACCGAGCGGAAGAACCAAUCGAGUAGCGUCAUAGCCGCUGAUGGUGGACGCAGUGUCACCGCGUCAUACCGUUUAUUUGUCUUGACUGACAAAACGUGUGACGAAAAUAAUGAUUCACCACAUCUGUGGCCCCGGCAUAGCCCAGAGGCAGAUUCAGAUGUCUCGAGGCCAAGCUGUAUCAGGGUUCAGUUCUGGGUGAGGCCCAGCAAAUCACCAGUGGGAAAGAAAAAAAACCCUUACCGUGAGGUCCUCCCCCGUGCUGGCGCGGCUCGAAUGUUGCCAGUGGAAACGUGGCAUUGGAUGAACGGGCACUGCUCCUCGCGGUGGGGUGGGGGGAGUGAGGCUCACUUCGUGGUGACACCCGCCGUGCUCUCUGUGCACGGGCACGACACAUUUGGGCUGUCCUGAAAAGUGUUCAACGCCACCUAACGGAUUUGCUUUUAUUCUCAACGAUAACGAGUUCGUGUUUUGCCUAUCGCAGUUGUGCGCACAGCGCAGUCGCGCGCUAUCCCACUUUUCUUUAAUAUAUAGAGGUAGUUGAGUACAGCCAUGUGCGUUUCAAUUCAGGGAAUUCAAUUUUGAUUGCAGAAGUGGGGGGAGGGGCCGAUUAUUGUCGCGUUGAUUCUCAACAGAGUAAACUCACGGGUACAUUUUACAAUGUGGAACGUCUGACCACGACGGUGGAGUCGCUACCCCCGCGACCCAAUUCACUUCUGAAAAGCGUGCCGAUUAUUGAUCGAUUGACCACGACGCCGACAGAAAGCAAUGUCCUACUCUUGCAUAUGAACCUUGCAGGAUAUAUUUACCGGCCACUGUUUUUUUGAUGGUUAACGAACCUCAACGAUGUAGCGGCCAAGGUGCUGCCGCCCCCCCCACACCCCCACGUGGCAUGACAAUUUAAAUCACAAAGGGAAUAGCGAAUGCAAGUUUGUAUGACCCGCCGUCGUAGCCAGCCGUGUUAGGCAUUGAACAGUGUAUAUGAUUUCGAGGCAGGAUUUAUGAGGAAUGUUUAUGUUUUGGUGAACGUGCCAACUGUUACCUGUCCAAGUCGGUGCCGAGCGUUGAAUUAUAACCGGCUAUCCUUCAUGAUGUGAAUACAUUGAACUGUAUUAUAUACCGCAGUGAAUUGGCAAAUGUACCCUACGCAACACACUGCACAUCUGCAUCCAUGCUCACCACACGAGAUCGAACCACAGACGUCAUGUUACCAAAGUACGUCUACACCAGACCCUACUAAACCGUUUCUGCGUUGCGUUCUAUCCCAGGCAUUGCAACACCACCUCUUACACAAGUGCACGAAAACAAUGCCUUCAAUUGCCUGGAAUAAUGUUCCCUUAUAACUGAUGGGAGGCAUGCACACUCAUCUGUGAGCAUGGCCGUGUAUGGUGGGUGAUAUAUGCGGCCUUGGAGGCAAAUACAACCUGACAGCCCUCUAGAGAUCUGAAAAUUGGAUUUAAAAUGACAUUUUACAACUGGGAACAAGAGAAUGCAGACGAACAGUGUCAAUGUCAUAUCAAAUGUGGUUUCCUUUGAUAUGAUAUUUUUAUUAUUAUUAAGAUGCAGAGGGAAUCCGAUGAGUUAUACGAACCUCUUUUUCACAGAUGUCCAGUAGGUGCAGAACCACGAGUGCAGAACCCAGUGCAGUUCCAUCUAAUGGAAAUCAUGGUGUACAAAUGUACCAGUGUUGCAUACACCCAAUUGUACAAUAACCGUAAAACACAAGUAGUGGAGUCAAGCAAGCUAUAUUUACACUUGUGAAGCAUUAACCACAUGUUCGGAACGGGUGUGGCAGUUUGUCCACAUUUUAACAUUUUAGUUUCACACGUAGGCUUUACAUUUUACCCGACUCUACCGUACAGCCACAUGAUUUGCAUGCACGGGAUAAUGAAACGCGGUGGCGCGAAAUGGAAUACAAGGUCACAAAUGUUACGAAAUGUUUUUGUUUUCUCUGUUCCUCAUGGCUCCGAAGGCAGAGGACAUACUCUUAAGAGCACUUGCACGUUUGUAUCAUCCAGAUUGGACAUGUCAGCAAAUGGUGCAUUGGUGAACUUGGGCAGUCACGUUAUUAUCCCAAAGGUCAAUGAAAAAGUAUUAACAUUAAAUCAGCUUGUAAAAAAAGUGUUGUAAAUUCGCCUUCAAACCGGAAAUUGCAUUGUUGACAUAAUCGACCUGAAUGUUAUGCAACGUUUUAUAGGCUCAAUUAUUUGAUGGACAUUUUUUUCUAUACGAGCACAUAAGGGCUGAUUUGAGUUUUCGUGUUUCCUAACGACUCGUGCGAGUUUGUUGCGUUUUUACAUAAUCUGAAGUCUGAUGUGCUUAACGUUCGCAGCAUUACAACUAUGUGUACAAAGUAUUCAGCCUCAAGGCUAGUUCACAUUGCUCAUCACCGGUGUCGGGGCAUCACACGAAUAUUUGACAUAAGCCUUACUGUCUGAACGUGGUAGUGGGUUAGUAUACAUCAAAUGCAGGAAGAUCGUUGUGUCUGCAAAGUUGAGUUACAAUACAACGAGCCUUAUUUCCCUCUGACCAAACACUGAACUGCAAUUCAUUUUCAGUCACAAGAACAAAAAAUGAAAUGUACUUUUUUUUAAACGGAGGGUGGAAUCGAUCCACCAUAUUUCAGUUUCACUUGUUGAAACCUUUCUUUGUAACGCUCCUCAUCUCUCCCGGCUGAUCUGGCAAUCCUCGUUUGUAUAUUUCUGCGCAGCGUGCGCCGCUGUCGAAUCCCCGAGGCAAAGGCAAAUCGAAACCAACACGUGGACACGUUUUUUCACUUUCAGUGUCCAAAGGAUGGGGUGCGUGGCGUGUCCUGAUACCCUCCGCGAUGCGUGUUACUGAGAAUAAACAAACUUUAUAGCA